AUGCCGCCGAACCUCUUCUCUCGUUUGGUGCCCACGAACGACGACCGAUCCUUAUACGAACGACUCCGAGACGAUCAAGGUGUCGAUCUGGAGAGCGGAGCAGGCUUGGAUCUAGACGAAGAGAAUCUCGCUCAAAACUUCCAUGACGACGACCUCGAUCAGGCCGAUGCCCUCGGACUUGGCGACAGUCGCCUCUCGACCAGGAGCCCAGUCGCCACUACAAGAGAUACUCGAGCGGGUCCCUCCCAGCGAGCCAGACGAGGCCCUAGACCUUCGAACUGGCUAGCACCAGAGGACGAUGCGGACAAUGAUGUACCAGCAUCCCUCUUGGUAGAGGGGCCUGGCGCCGCGGUACCCAAGUCCAGCCCAACAAGGUCUGGGCCACAGCCCUCCCGGCAUCCUGCUGCCGCUGGCCCUUCGAACAGGCGGAUACAAUCGCAGUGGGAGGCUGCGCAGGAACAUCAAAGAUUACAUCAAGAUGAGGAAUAUGGCUUUCUGCCUAGACGGCGUCGAGAAGGUCUUCCCUCGAGAAGACCAGGCUUCGUCGGCAGUCCCAAGGACAAGGCCAUGUUCCGAUGGGCUAAUGUCUCCAAUCUUGAUGUCUUCAUCAGGGAUGUUUACGACUACUACCUUGGAGCAGGCAUUUGGUGUAUACUACUCGAGAGAUUGUUGCAUCUUCUCAAGGUCGCCUUCGUUGCCAGCCUCCUCACGCUGUUAACUCAGUGCAUAGAUUACAGCAAGAUCCGAGAUAGCAAAAGCCUCUCCCAAAUCAUGAUCCCCCAGUGCACCAAGAACAUGUGGGGCAUAUGGAACCUGAGUCUUUGGCUUUGCAGCUUCUACUUCGUCUGGAAGUCCAUCCAGUGGGUGCUUGAUAUCCCACGUCUGUUGCACAUCCGCGAUUUCUAUGAAUAUUUGCUGGAGAUACCCGAGGAAGACAUGCAGACGGUCUCUUGGCAAGAUGUCGUCUCCAAAAUCACCGGUCUUCGGGAACAAAACGUCAAGACAGCUACCAACAUCACGCCUUCCCAGCGCCGAUUCAUCUCAAAGCAAUUGGGCGCGCAGGUGGGGGGUCAAUCCAAAGAAAGAUUGGAUGCCCACGACAUCGCGAAUAGGUUGAUGAGACGGGAGAACUACAUCAUUGCGCUGUUCAACAAGGACAUCUUGGACCUUGCUGCCCCUAUUCCGUUUCUCCGGACAAGACAACUCUUCUCGAAGUCACUGGAGUGGACGGUUCAGUUUGGGGUCCUGGACCUGGUAUUCACCGAAAGUGGCCAGGUGCAUCAACGUGUCCUCAAAUCUGACCAUCGAGGCCAGCUCAGCCGGGAGAUGAAGACCAGGUUUGCUUUCGCUGCGGCAAUGAACCUCAUCUUCGCACCAUUUGUCGCAUGCGGUCUCGUGGUCGAUUUCAUUUUCACCUACUACAAUGAAUUCAAAACAAACACCUCCUCUAUCGGAGCUAGACAAUACACACCACUUGCCAGAUGGAAAUUUCGAGAAUUCAACGAGCUACCACACCUCUUCGAAGAGCGCUUGAACAUGUCCUACCCCUUUGCAAAGCAUUACAUUGACCAAUUUCCUAAGAAGAAGACCGAGUUAGCUGCCCGCACCGCGCAGUUCUUCGUCGGCGCGCUCAUUGCUGUCCUUGCCAUAGUGGGUUUCUCAGACCCAGAGAUGUUCGUGGACUUUGAGAUAUUUCCAGGCAUGAACGCAUUUGCCUUUGUUGCGAUUUUGACAACGAUAUGGGCAGUUGCCCGAGGCAUGAUAUCGGAGGAGAACGACGUCUUCGACCCCGAGUACGCCAUGCAGAACGUCAUCGAAUACACGCAUUAUCAGCCAGAUCAGUGGAAGGGUCGCCUCCACAGUUACGAUGUCAAGACAGAGUUCGCCGAGCUGUACAAGCCGAGAGUGAUUACCUUUGCCGAAGAAAUUCUCAGUGUUCUGGUCACACCUUUGGUGCUGUGCUUCAGUCUACCCAAGUGCAGCGAUCAGAUCAUCGAUUUCUUCCGGGAGUUCACAAUCCAUGUCGAUGGCCUCGGUUACGUGUGCUCUUUCGCGGUUUUCGAUUUCCAGAAGGACAAUCGUACCAGUAAACCUCAACAGGGCAAUACUGUCGAUGCCCGUGAAGACUACUAUGCCACGAAACACGGCAAGAUGCAAGCCUCGAUGCAUGGAUUCCUGGACAACUAUGUCUAUAAUCCCAGAAGCGGGCUGCCUGGUGCACACCCAUUAGGAGGACCAGCUGGGCGUCACCAAUUUCACCCUCCACCGGCUUUCCCAGGCUUGACGUCCCCAACGUUAGCUGCCGACAUGCGCGCGUCACGCAUGGGCCGCAGCGAACUACCAAGGGCUCGAGCAGCACCGGUUCCUCAGCAAUCUGGAAGGACGCCGCGGUCCGGACCAGUUGUUGCGCCAUCACCAAUGGCGUCGAUGUUACUCGAUCCUCAUAAUCAGCCUUCAGCCUCUCUGAUCGCGGGCCGGACGCCACAGCGGGCUCGGCAGCAACGAGGUCCGUAUCAAGCCGAUGGAGACAUCAUUGAGGAAUCGGCGGAAGAUGGAGGCGCCAAGAGAGCUGCCCUUCGGCAGGGGACGAAUUACACCGAUGACGGCGAUGUUGAGGAGAGCGUAGCCCGUCUUGGGGAGUCAACAUGGGAGGGCUCACCUCGCCAUGGUGUGAGCAGGGAAACUAGUACUGUGACAGAGAAUGAUGACGGACCAGGCGUAGUCACGUUGCUCAAGCAAUUUCAGCAGGCUCACUUGAAUCAUAGAGGCGUUAUGUGA